UUUCUCGUUAUAGAUAUCAUAUCUCAAUACAUGUAUAAAAUGCAUCGAUCGACCGUUAUCUUACAGUGAUCACUUGAAGCAUAUCUAACAAACACGUUGGGUUUGUGUUUAUUUUUAAUUGCUUUGCAUACAAGCUAAAUACAUUUGGCUCAUAAUGGCUUCUGCUACUCGUUGGAUUGAUAAUCCAGAUACCAGGAGGAGAAAAAAUAAGGAAACUGAACAGGAAUGUUUUCAUAUUCGGUUCCAUUACUUGAGAUCAGAAGAGGUCGUAGAGAAAUGUUUUAUUGAAAAACUACCACCACACAUCAGGUCGAUUGAUAAAAGCAAGAAAAUUUGGAGAGGUUUAGACGGAGCCUACGGCGAAUACCAUGUUACAUUUUACCAAUCAUUUCUGACAACAAGACCCGCAUCUUUCGAAGACGACGUCCAUAACACGUGGUCUUCGAACAAACCCUCGACAGAGGAGAUGGCAUGCAUGGUUGUAACAGGAACAAUUUGCGGAGAGUCCACAAUUGAAAAAAAUGCUUAUUUUAUUGUUUUUCAGAAAGGUUUCGAAAAAAGUAUACUUACCUUUGAAAAAUAUCAUGGAAUUUUCAAUGAAAUACACAGUAAGCAAGAAAAAUAUGUACCGAAGCUGUUGCAUGCUGGUACAGAAGACAACCUCUGCGAAUUUGAGACGCGAUUUGUUCAACAAUGGAAUUUUUUGAGAACAAGGUAUAAUUCGAUUUUCCAUGGAUUUUUGUCAUUUUGCAUUUCCUUUGGAACAUUUUAUGUUAUGAAUAUUAAGAGCGAUUCAACGAUGAAUGUAGCGAAAUUAAACAAUCUUUUUAAAACAAUUAAAGAAAGAAAGAAAAAAGCACUUCAGACGGCAACAAAGUAUGGAAAGGAAAGAACACAUGUUAGAGUUCCAUACAUAUUUUCAUUUCAACCGGCUGUCUUCUCUAGCACUACGAAGCUGCGCAAAAUCAUCGAACAGUUUGGAUUUACUCGCGAUUCCGAUGAAAUGAAGAGGACAACAAUGGUUAAAUUCAAAUACCCAAACGUUGGAAAGCAUAACUUUGAUGAAAAUGGCGAACUAUUUCGGAUAGAAUUAUCAGAGAAUAAGUGGUUUAUGGCAACAGUUUUACCUGCACAAAGUUCAGCUCAACUUACAAGAAUCAAGUAUGGAUUGAAGUCUUUUAGAAAUGUGAAAAGUGAAAAUAUCAGUAAAAUUAACCUAAAAUUGAUUGAAACAGCCACAAAUGAAUACCAAAUGGAACCGUCUUGCGAUAUUCAUAGAGCAACAGAAAAAGUUUCAGAGUUGUACUCAGUAACUAAUUGGUUUGGAGAAAAAAAAGUAAAGCUACACAUCAAAACCACAACACAGUUAAAAGGGGAUGCUAAAAAGCUAGUACCUUGCAGUUCUUCAAAGCUAGUGGUUUUAGUGUUGCCUGAAAUUCCAAAUAGAGAUACAUCCGAGGAAGAAUUAAGGUCAUAUGCAAGACAUAUCUGGAAAUGGGCAAUAGAGUUUGCCGAGAAACUAAAAUUGGCUUUAAUCCCUGAAACAGAUCUAGAGAGAGAGAACACGUUACCUCCUCCAAAAAAUACAUGAGGCAUUCGUGACGCAUAUUUUUCAAAAUAAAAAACUAGUGUUUGUAUAUAAAUGUAGAUAAAUGCUGUAGUUUAUGACUAUUUAAUAUUCAUAUUGAUACAAAUCAUGAAUUCUUAAUUGCUGCCAAACAAAAGUAUGACUUUAUUUAGAUACCGGUAUCGUCAUCGUCGUUAACUUAAAUGAAAAUAAAUGAUUUGGAUAAAAUUUAAAAUAUAUUGGUGUUUGAUCAUGAUGAAACUCUAUUUAUUGUAUGAAAAAAAGGAAAAUAUGUUAGCUUCAUUAAAAUGAACAUGCUGACUUUUCUUUUAACAAUGUAAAAAUCAUAAUUUUUAUCGGUUGUGAUAAAAUACCUUUAAUGCUUGUUUCCUAUGCAUUCAUCUGUAUCCCGCUUUUCUGUAACAAUUGCAUUUGUAUCUACUUUUUAGUUUUAGAUAUUAUGGUUCAAACAUACAUUAAUUAUUAUAAAGCUAUCAUGAGUAACUGUAUUACUUUGUUGAAAUAAUUGAUUAAUAAAUCACAA